CACUGAUUCAUUUCCCGCGAUUGUCAGGCGAAAGAUUUUUUCCGAACACGCGGGGUUUGGAGGAUAAAGAUAGGCAUCAUGCCGAAGAAACCUGCGAGAAAUGGGUUUUACUUUUUCAUGAAGGACAUCGAGCCAUCGCUUAGAAAAGAAGGACGUGUUUUUCCUAAUGGAAUCCAAGACGUUGUUCCCAUUGCACACCCUCGAUGGAAGGCUCUUACGGAUAAAGAGAGGGCAGUAUAUGAUCAAAGGGCUAAGGAAUAUAAAAAGCAAAUGAAAGGAGCUAGUGGUGAUUGCUACAGAAUGGACAACCAAGGAAAACUGCUCUCGGAACGUGUAGAUGUAGAAGCUGAGACUGAUCAGCUGAGACUAAAGCAGAGGAUGUCUGUCCGAGAAAAAUGGCCCCCUGGAGAAGAGGUUGCAAAUGAGGUGUUUUAUUUAAUCAACUUCCAAACACUGUGUAUGACUGAUGAUGGCCAUUAUUUGCCAGCAGAAAUCGGCGUAAUUGAAUACAGCAUCAAGCGAGGCAUAAGUAAAAAACUCCACAGAUUUAUAGAACCAGGAAGAAUUCCACUGGGAUAUAAAGGAGUUUGUAAAGAAAAAAGUGAGGAUUACCAUAAAAUUCCGAUGGAAAAUUUUGAGAAUGCCGAUUCCAAUUACAGAGGAUUAUGGAUCCAAUUAGAGAAUUUUGUAAAUCCUAAUGGAGAGAAACCCGAAUACCCUCCAUUUUAUUGUCUGGGUAAUGACAUCAAAGAAACGGCCUAUUGUUUGGAAUGGAUUCAUGGGAGAGCCUGUCUAGGAAUCCCGAACCGACUGAAGAAAGUUUACGAAUUGGAGGGCAUGGUCACAGACCUUUAUCAACACUUAGGUCAUUCUGUAUCAAAGACAAGAGUUAUAGAAUUGCUCACUUCAAAUUCUUGGGAUUAUGAGCCAAAAACAAGAUGUGAUUACCAUGAAGAACUGGAAUGUAAAUACUGCUCACUGGGGAUUAUUCAAAGAUAUUCGUAUGCUAUCUCAGACAGUUUUUGUGGCCUGUUGAAGAUAGAACUGACCAACAGACAUCUUCCCGUCCGGACAGACAACCCAGUGGUAGCUCUUCCACCGUCUUCAAUGAAAGUGAAAGUACCAUCCCAGAAUCAGAGGUUUGAAAAGUCUCCAAUAAAACAGAGCAACAGUUACAGUGCACUAGCUAAGAAGAAUUUUAAAGAUGAAAGUUCAGAUGAGAGUGAUGAUGACAAUCAGUCUAUGACCUCCCUUAGACGUCCUCAUCUCCCAGUAAAUAUGGCACCAGCACCCAGAGAUCCAUGGGCAGAACAGCAAAAGCCUAAAGCAGCAAAUAUGGGACGAGGCAUGUGGUCUGGGACCCCUAUUCCCUCCAAACCUCCACCCCCUACAGCUACCCAGACAGAGUUUCCCUCACUGGGCCGUGGUAUGGGAGGUGUAGCAGGUGCCACUGCUGUAGGGUUUACCUCCGGUGCUGGGGAUUUUCCAGGCCUUGGAAGGGGGAGCGGAUUACAAGGAGUGGGCAUUGGGAGAGGAGUUCCUCUAAGUCAUGUCCAGCAGCCAGCAGGACAGAAGUUUGCAGGGCGAGCUAUGGCCCCAGAUCCCAGUUCAGCUCCUGUUCCUCCAGCAGCUUGGGUUAAAGAGGAAUCCCCCAAACCAACGUUAAACAGUAUAUCACAAAGUCUACAAAACAUUCAAGCCCCUAGGGGACCAGCCUCUACUGUACCCCCAGGGUUUAAGGCAAUGGAACCUCCAGUCAGGCCACAAAUUCCGCAGCAACAAAUACCCAGCAGGUUAACUGCUCCCCCUCAGAGAGAAGUCACUGGAAGAGGAAGAGGAAUCAUGGGAACUGUUGAUCCGACGCUGAAACUUCCUAAAGGCAGAGGUUAUGCUCCUCCAGGAAUGGAUGUUCAGAAACAUCUCCAGAUGCUGCAGCUGGGUAACUGACCAAAAGAUUCAAAUUAUUUUAUCGUGAAUUUGGAGAUCCAGGCUUGUUUAAAAUCAUGUUUUCCUGACAGCAGAUUAUUUGUAUCUGGGCUAGCUGUAGUAGAAUUGACCUGAAAGACUGGCACGCAUUCAAUGAGACGAUAAUACUGUGAUGUAUUUGAUAUUUCUUUAUUUUGGCUGGAUUGUGAAACAGUAAAUGUCCAUUCAUCCAUCUAUGAGUGUUCAAUCAAUCAUCUACACUAGUUAUUCAUUUCAUGUUGCAUUCAGAUACAGAGAAGCUUGUCAAAUAGACUAAUCCAGGUGUUGUGUAUUCCGAAAUCUUGCUGAAUAUAGAGAUAACUUUUAGUAAAUUCAGUUGGUAGAUAUGUCUGAUCUUUAAUUUUGUCUAAUCCAGUCUACAUGUAUUUUUGUGGAACCAGCUGUGUUCAUAUUAGACAAGUAUGACUGUAUUUAAAAAAAAUUGUUUUGCUCCAUAUGGUUCCAGAUAACAAGGUAUUAAUUUGCUCACUGUAGGCCUUGUUGUCUGUUAGAUGUUUCAUUUGUUUUUUUCUGCUACAUAUGUACAUAAAUCAUGAGACCAUGGGGGUGUCAUUACAGUUAUUACACUUGAUCAUCAUGACUGACGCAAAAUUCCUGAAUCCCCCCCCCCUUUGAUUUUGAUAUUUUGGCAUGAGACUGAAUUGUUUUAUGGGAUGAAAAACAAAUAUGUUAACUUCCUGUAUUGACCAGAUUCAUUAUCAUUUAGGGCUGAUUUUUCUAUCUACUAUAUUUGAGUUGGGAGCGAUUAGGUCCUGGACUUGAUUUUCAAGCACUGCUUAACUUUGAACAAAACAAACUUGCGUGCCUAGCUGGGUGGCUGUGUAUUUUUUGGUACUAAAAUCUUUAUAAAAAAUUGUUCUACAAGAUCUGAAAAGGAAACUUCUCAAAAGUUUGUUUUCAAUGAAUACCA